AUGGAAUUAAGUAAUCAUGAAUACAUUCAUUCUCCAAAGACCAAUACUUAUAGACGUCGUUCUAAAAGUUUAAAUGACAAGAUAGAAUCCGGCAAAUCUUCAUACAUUCAUCAUGGAAAUCACCAUCAUUCUCCUCCUCCUAGGCAUGCUCACCACCAACCAGUCAUGAAAUUCAAUACCGAUAUGUGGAUGCAGGAUUUUAGAGAAACUAUUAUCAAAAAAUUGUUUAGAGAAGAACGCUUUAAGGCCUUUCAAAAACGUAGAGGAUUAGAAAAUGUUAUGGAUGUUAGUGACGAAGAAGGAUGGGAAGAACAACAGAAGCUAAUCCAAUCCAUAGUUCAAAAUGAAUGGGAAAAUUAUCAAGCCUCAUCCGCUUCUUCUUAUCAACAGUUAUUGCAACGGCAAGAUACCAACACUUUAGAUAAUAUGGUCCAACUUUUCGCAGUUAUUAUUAGCGUGACCGCAAUGAUUCACUUGGUAUUUGGUAUUGGACUCACAAUUGUGGGUCUUAAGAACCGUGACACUCUUGUGAACUUAUGUCUUCAAAAAGCCUCCUCAAAUGGUACAUGGGAUCCGUCACAACAUUGGUUGAAACCAUUUGACAAACGAGCUGACAAUACGGACCAAAAUGCUACUACUGACAACACUAAAAUUAUUUGUGAAACUGCCGUUAA